AACGUUCAGUAGCGCGCCACGCUCCCUUGAAGCUGAUCGGCCAUUUUCGUUCCCUCCCGCCGGUUGCAGGCACAGUGUGUGUGUGUGUGUGUGUGUGAGAGAGAGAGAGUAUUCGGGAGAGAGAGAGAGAGAGAGAGUAUUCGGGAGAGAGAGUAUUCGGGAGAGAGAGAGAGAGAGAGAGAGAGAGAGAGAGUACUCGGGAUGCUGUCGAGAUGGGGAAGGGCGAUUUCCCACCUGUCGUUGAUUGGACUGCGAGCAAGUGCGAGAGUCCAACCUUCUUCCUUCAACGCUCCUCUCCCUGUUUUUCUUCUUCAUAGCGACAUCUGCAGGGGUUCGUUGUUUGCCACAGCCACUGAGCCAGCUUCUCAUGGACCCUCGAGCCAAUCGGAGGUGAGCUUGCACAGGAGGUUCUGGUCCAAACCCUGCUCGUUGGCUUUGCCUCCUGAUUCACCUCUUAGGAUAGAAGAUCCAAAGUACGAAGGUUUCCGAAAGGUUAUGCUUAAGCUGUUACUCUUCUAUAGUAAGCAGAGCACAAACAUUAGAGGAGCAAAUGUUCUCUAUAGUCGUAUCAUUUCACAGGUUGAUUCCGCCUCAAUAUACGAUGUAUUCCACUUGGAGAAAACCUUCAAAACAACAUUUUCAUUACUUGUCCUACAUAUGUGGCUUUGCUUGAGGCGCUUGAAAGAUGAAGGAAAGGAAGGCACUGAGUUUGGACAGUACCUGUAUGAAAUUUACAAUCAUGACUUGGAAUUGAGAGUCUCAAAAGCUGGGGUGAAUCUUUUGUUAGUAAAGUGGAUGAAGGAGCUCGAGAAGAUAUUCUAUGGGAAUAUAGUGUCGUAUGAUGCUGCAAUGCUACCUGAUGCUGCAAAUGAUGAACUUCCCAAAUCUAUUUGGCGGAAUGUGUUCUCUGAUGAUGGUACGCCAAUGCCAAAUGGUUCUGCGGCUGAUUCGGCCCAGGCCAUGGCUAGAUAUGUGAGAAGAGAGGUUGCUUGCUUGUCAAUGACUGACGGGGAGGCUGUAUUUUCUGGCAACUUGAAGUUUUCUCCUCUGGACAAAUGAGUUUAACCAGAGCUGGUGACCGUCGCUUGGGCAUGAAAGGCCAUUGUUGAAGCGAUCUGCGGUACGUGAUUGGCUGGUAUUUUUGAGCCAAUCUGCAAAUUCUUUGUGUUCUCUUAUUAAGGUCUCUCAUGUCUUCCUUUCUGAUGAAUGUUUUUCUGUGUAAAAACUAGAGCCAAUUUUGAAAUAAUUAUGAUGCACCGCGCUCAAUGUUUCGGAAUGCUAAGCGACCAAUUUUUCUGUUUGAGAGACGUUUUCAGCACAUACUAAAGGAAGCCAUACUAAUGGAAAUAAUACUUUUAUAAGUGUUUCCAUUAUC